UCAGCCAGAGCAUCGGGCCCCAUCUGCACUCAACUCUCUCUCUCUGUCUCCCUUUAUCCGUCCAGCUCUCUCUACCCCGCCCGGUCACUUCCAGUGUCGGCGAGAAUCUGCAGCAGCACUGUCACUUUCACCACACCAGGGGGGAAAUGUACUGACACAACGGACCAGACCGGGAGCGCAUCACCAUCUCCAUCACCUCCAUCACCGUCACCGCAUCCCCCUGCUUGUUUUCGGGCUUUUCCCCUUAUUUUUAGCCGGGGGUGCACACGGGUUUUGAUUCGCAGCAUCGCUCGCAAUUCGUUUGUGGAUUAUUGUUCCUCCUCAUCGACGGAAAGUGUGAAAUGGAGGAGUCCAGCUCUCAGAAGUUGGUGUGGGAUGGGGACGCCAAAGCAGUCCAGCAGUGUCUGACGGACAUUUUUACCAGCGUCUACACGACGUGUGACAUCCCAGAAAACGCCAUUUUCGGGCCUUGUGUGUUGAGCCACACGUCGCUGUAUGACAGCAUCGCCUUCAUAGCUCUGAAAUCCACCGACAAACGCACCGCACCUUAUAUAUUCAGGGUGGACACAUCAGCGGCCAACAGCACCUCAGAGGGCUUGAUGUGGCUGCGGCUGGUGCAGUCCGCUCGGGACAAAGAGGAACAGAAUCUAGAGGCCUACGUGAAGAACGGCCAGCUCUUCUACCGCUCGCUCCGCCGGAUCGAGAAGGACGAGGAGCUGCUGGUCUGGUACGGCAAAGACCUCAUUGACCUGCUCCUGCUCAGCUCCAGCAGAGCGCCCGCCAAGAGCAAAGGCUCGUCCCACCAUUCAUGUCCUGACUGCAGCCAGAGGUUCCAGUUUGAGUUUCCAUUCUUGGCCCAUCUCCGGUUCCGUUGCACCAAAAGAUUGCAGAGCAUCACAGGGGCCGACGAGGAGCCCGGCAAAGAGAGCAGCACUGAACGACCAAACACCACCCCAACCAGGACCAGCCCAAAGCUCGGCCGCUCCGAGGGCUUCAGCAGCCCUCAGGACAGCAACAAACCCUCCACAGACUUUCAUAACCUGGCCAGGGAUCUAGAGAACAACCGGACCAGCCCGCCGAGCGACAAGGAGGCAGAGAUCUGCAGCGAGAGCUCGGGGAAGAGGAAGUUCUCGGAAAUAGAGGACAGGGAGUGCCGAGGGCCCAGCCUUCCACAAUCCAAGUCUAAAGACGAGCUUGCAACGUCUGCACAGAACUACAGAGGAGUGUACGGCCUGGAGGAGAACCACAGGGCCUUCUCCCCGCCGGGCUCCACACAGCUUGGUGAGGUCAAGCGCAGCGCCUUCACCGAGGUAAAGAAGUCACCCCAGAACCUCAAACACCAUACCGGCAACAAAAACCUCCAAAGCUCCAACUCUGAAAACAAAGAUGGCGGUCGUCCAAGCAGCAAUCCAUCAGACAAGCACCUCAACAUCAGACAGGUGCUGUCAGAGACCCAGCCGCCACAAACCUCACCCAUGGGCAGCGCUUUCACCUCUGUUAGCCAGCAAGGUGGCGGCAGCGGUGGAGAGAGGAAGAGCGCCUUCAGCCAGCCAUCUCGCUCCUCCUUCUCUCAGAUCUCACCGCUGGUGAUGCCGCCCAAGCUGCUGGACUGCCACCCAGCGGUGGGCGACACCAUCUCCUCCAGCAGACUCUACCAGGCCGACCACCUUGCCGCCAAACUACAGGGCGCAGAACUGGGCGCCAACUGCCCCGUGCCAGGCGGCAUGGCCAAGCAGAGCCCCUUUGUGUAUGCCACCGCCUUCUGGCCCAAGAACUCCGGGCCUAUCCAGCUUCAGAUGCCCUCGGCGCUCACCCUCUUGCCGCCCUCCUUCACCUCCCUCUGCCUUCCGGCGCAGAAUUGGUGCGCCAAGUGUAACGCCUCCUUCCGCAUGACCUCGGACUUGGUUUACCACAUGCGAUCCCACCACAAAAAGGAGUACGCCAUGGAGCCUCUGGUAAAGCGGCGGCGCGAGGAGAAACUCAAGUGCCCCAUUUGCAACGAGUCCUUCCGGGAGAGGCAUCACCUGUCACGUCACAUGACCUCCCAUAACUGACUUUUAAAGACUAACAAGGGAGGGACUUUUUUUUUUUACAA